CCCAGCACCGUGCACAGAGGAGUACGCCAACUUCUGUCUUCACGGCCAGUGUGAGAUGAAAUUUGGUGUCGUCUCGUGCAGGUGUGAGUCUGGCUACACAGGUGCUCAGUGUGACGUCCAGGACUUCAACAUCCUGUACGUGGUGCCCAGCGGCCAGAAGCUCCACUACGUGCUCAUCGCGGCCAUCAUCGGCGCCGUACAGAUCGCCAUCAUCGUGGCCGUCGUCAUGUGCAUCACCAGGAAAUGCCCCAAAAAUAACCGCGCACGUCGGCAGAAGCAAAACCUCGGACACUUUUCUUCAGAUACUUCUUCCAGGAUGAUGUAGCUGGAUUUUUUAUUUUAAUUUUUAUACUUUUUUCGUACCAAGUGGAUUACAUUUUUAACGUAUCGAUUUUAUUUUUUCCUGAUUUUUAAACUUGGGAGGACGACAACAUAUUUUUUUUUUUAAUAUUAUUUUGAAAGAGGCCUUAUUUUUUCUUUACUGGACAUUAAACGUACUUCCUGUUAUCUGUGUGACACUUUCAACAGGAGCAAGCUAUUGUGGGUUUAAAUAUUAUUUUGGUACUUUUGAAUUCUUUUGUUUUUUUAUGUAGCUCUCGGCACACAUACCUUUACCACCACUGAAACGGACACACACACACACACACCUUUACCACCACUGAAACGGACACACACACACACACACCUUUACCACCGCUGAAACGGACUUCUCGCUGUCUUCUGGAAUGUGCUACUCAUUGGGACCACUCACUCACUCACUCACUCACUCACUCACUCAUAAAUGGAUUUCUUGUCUUCAUUUUUUCCCUCACGUCUUUUGCUUUUCUGAUUUUUCUUGUUUCCUUUGCAAAUUGAAUGCAGCUGAACACCAAAUGCAGUUGGACAUGAAUGAAAUGUGAGCCGAUGAUGUUUUAAAAAGAAAAAAAAAAAGUUUACAAAAAGUUCUCUCUCUUUUGAAAAAGGAAUUCCAGCAAUGGAACACAAUGUGUUUUUUGACAUAGCUAAUCAUUUUUCGAUGUUGGAUCGUUUGUAGUUUUUUAUGUUCUAAUGUUAUUGGUGUUGCUGUUGUUGAUGUUGAAAUGAUCAUUAUUGAUUAAUUUAAUUCUAGACGCUGCAUAUCGCAUGAUCUGUGGAACCGUGUCCAGUGAUGUAGACUUGAUAGAAUUAAAUUCUCCGUCCUACAAGUAGUUUUUGCUGCUUCCAUCUGAAUAUUAGUCACAUAAAAUGUCAGUUGCAUUUCUGUAUCUAAACAUGCUGCAUUGAAUGUGCCCACAUCGUACUAAGGAGGACUAUGUGAAUGUCAGGAGAGGGACCUUAUCUCCCGAAGAUGAGCUAGUGGUGGGUUGUGUGAAUGUUUAAAAUUAUACACGUUUAAAAUUAUACACAUCUUUUUAUAUAAUCAUUUUUAACAGAGAGAGAGACAUUCAAAUCUGAUAUCAAUUAACCCAGUAAGGCUUUAUAUACCCUCACAAAGACUAAAAUAUUCAAUGGCAAUUCAAUUUAGUGUCCUUUAAAAUACAGACUCUGAGGCAUGAGAACAAACCCUCUACAUUUCAACACAGUGAUGGAUAGAUUUGAAUAAUGUCAGUAGUGCGGCUUUUAAUAAGCUACAGUAUGCCAUCAAUAACUAAUGACCCCCCCCCCAACCCUUUAUACAAAUCACAUGACAUGGGUCCACUAUGUCCACCAGGGGGAGACAGACACAUUUCAGUCUCCCUUUACAGCUUGACCCCUUCACAGAGUGACCUCUUCUGAUAGUGUUGGUCUGUUUAACAUUUAUCCUCAUAAAAGUUGAUUGAAUGAUUUUUAAAAAAACACAGAUCAUGGACGACCCAUGCACAAUUUUGAUCUAAUUGAAUGACUGAAUGUAUGUUCCCUGCAAAUCCUCUACCAUCAAGACAAAACAGAAUUAAAAUGGUCUCCAAUGUAUCGAAA